AAAACGAUACUGCUAGCUCAGUUUAUUAAUACUAAAUUAGGAACUGUGAUUUGUUAAUUGGAAAUACGUACGGGUAAAUUGAACACUACGAAGGCUUAACCACAAGUGUGUCCUGGGAAGUCAACGGACUACGGACUUUAGAGAAUGCAGAUGGAAUACGCAGUUAUCGCAGAGCAGGAAACUGGAGGAGGAAAAUGUAAAUGAGCCACAUUUGCUCUGUGAAUAACAACUUUCCAUAUGACAACAAUGGAAUGGUGCUGGAUAUGAUACUAAGUUCCCUUUGGAGUGUCCCACAGCCUAUAAAUUGGGAGAAUGUGGCUAGACUUGUUCCAGGCUUCACCCCCAAAGAUUGUGCCAGAAGAUUUGAAGAGCUGAAAAACAAUGGUGCUUUGCCUUUUGUUGACAAUCACUGCAGUCCAUUAUUAGCUAGUGCUGCAUCCAUAUUUGAUACACCAGCAACAUAUGUGAAAUGCUCUCCAACUGAUUCUUGUGGAGAGCAAGGAGAUACAGGGACAAGUCCACAUACCGUCUCAAUGACUGGUCAGUCUGGAGGUUCAUUUGGCAAAAAUGCAUCAUUGGAGAAUGACAUCCCUAUCCCUGAUGAUGAAGGUGGCCAUAUUGAAGACAUUCAGGGGCCUAAUAUGGUGAUUCAUGUCUGUGAUGAAGCAAAGGGCCUAAAGCAAGAUUUUGUUUGCCCUCGAGACCUUCUUGUUAAAGAGAUGCAGUACUUUGCUGAGUACUUGUCCAUGGAUGCUCAGCGCUGGGAGGAGGUAGAUAUUUCUGUGCAUUGUGAUAUUCAGAUCUUCGAUUGGCUAAUGAGCUAUGUCAAGAGGAACAGACGAAACAUUGAAAACAAACCGAGACUAGAGCCUAGUAAUGUGAUUUCAAUCCUAAUAUCAUCAGAGUUUUUGAAGAUGGAUUCCUUAGUUGAAGAAUGUAUCCAUUUUUGCCAUAAACAAAUGAGUGCCAUUGUAGCAACUCCAUGUAAUAUGAACUGUAUCAAUGCUAAUUUAGCGAUGCGAAUAUCUGAUCUGUUUACUCAUACUGAAGCAGAUGAUGUCAAAGAUAAAAAGGAUAAAUUUAAGAGCAAAUUAUUUCAGAAGAAAAUUGAAAGGCUUUUUGAUCCUGAGUUUAAAAACCCAGAUUCUCCUGGAAAUGCUGCUUCAUUGUACAGAUGUAGUCUUUGCAAUAAACUGCUCACGAAAGAAAAUGAGACAAAAAUUCCUUGUAUAUUAGGAAAGAUUAACAUUGAUCUUCGUGGGAAUAUUGUAUAUAUUCAUAAGAGAGAUAAAAACUGGGAUGUACAUCGGUACAUUAAUGAUCUAUAUGAAGAGUUACAUUGCUGGAAUCUUGUGUAUUGGAAAAUCUGGGGUACCAUCAACCAUCUUACUUGCUCACAAUGCAAACAGGUAUUUCUUUUCACUGAAUUGUCUCAUUGCCGGUUCCACCCAGAACAAGUGCAAUAUCCAGGUAUAGCCAGAGAACAAGACUCUCACAUUAUUGGAUUUUACCCCUGCUGCAAAAAGAAGGUUCUGCGCUUUGAUCCCAUUAAAAUCCCAAGAGGGUGUCAAGUUAAAGACCAUGUGGUUAAUAUAAAUUACUCAGCAAGCAAUGGGGAUAAUCAGAAUGAUUUGAAAGAAACAAGACUUCUGAAUGCUUUGCUUAAACACAGAGACAGAAUUUGUCAGCCUUACAUGCAGAAUAAUGAGAGUACCCCUGCUUCAAGUGCAUCAGGUGAAAAAGUCCUUGAUAGUGGAGUUUAUUUGGAGUCGUCGUCCUCUAAUACUCAAAAAGCUGGAAUAGUCUCCACGUUUUCAUUAUUGAAAAACUGGACCUUGCAAAAGAAACAACAGUCAUUGCUGUCUGAAGAUGAGGAAUAUACAACUGGCUCGGAAGUAACAGAAGAUGAAAUAGGAGAUGAUGAAGAAGUGUCCAAGAAACAAGGUAUGAAAAAAGCUAAGAAGACGUCCAAGCCAUUAAAAAGACACCUGUCUUCUCCAAGUUUUCUGAGAAAAGAAAAAGCAUUAGAAAAGGUAUAUGGGACUUCUUCACGAGAAACAUCAGCAUUUGCUGUAAGCAUUCAGAAAAAUAAAUGGGACACCACUCGUUCCAUGAGAUACAACCAAGAUGCUCAAAGAGAGGAGGAUCAGCGAAGAAUGUCUGAAAUUAUUGGAUAUCUAGCCAAGCUAAGAUUUGGUGACCUAGAUGGAAGCAAGUCUAAGGAAGGAAAAGAAUAUGCGGGUGGAAUUUAUGCCAGACUGGAAGCUCAGUUUAAAGCCGUUUCUCAAGCAAAUACUCGCCAGCACAGCAUGGACAAGAGCAUCAGGCCCAAGACACGUUUUGGACAACCACGACCAACAUAGAGGUUUUUAACUGCUCUGUAAAAUAAUGUGUCACAUAACCUUAAAUGAGUAAUGCGUUUAAGGAAAUGUGAUGCAUUGCUUUAUUUCCUGUAACAUUUUUUUAUCAUGUCUUAAUGUUGCAUUUUUAAGGAAUGUAAAAUCAUAUAUAAUAACUUUUCUAUUAUGCAUAUCAUUACAGCAAAAUAAAACAGGCCUCUAUGUUGCAUUACUGUUGUAUAUUCUGCACAUACUAGCAACUGCUUUUAAAUUGAACAUAUUUAAACAAUAUAAAUUAUGCAACUAUCUAUUAAAUUAAUUACUGUAUUUAUAA